AGCCUCCAACACCGAAAAUCGCUUCCACCGCCGGGCCGACUGCCCACAACGUGGGAAGAAUACGCCGGAAGUGCUCCCGGGGCACCCCCACAACUCGGCCGACCCCAAGUUCUGAAGACCAAUGAGAAGAACUUCAAGGCCCUCGUUGGAAUGGUACUAAAAUCAAUAAAAUUUUUGUUUUCAUGCCCAUUUUCAGUGUGAGGACUUCCCGUUGACCGUCGAGGUCCUCGUGGAUUUACUCGAAGUCGUCGCGCCGUUCAAGCAUCUCGACAAAUUGAGACGAUUCUGUACCGCAAGACUCCCGCCUGGCUUCCCCGUCUGUGUUGGUCGGUUCUUUGGGAGUUUGAGGGAUCCCUUCUAAGAAAAAUGCGCUUCUGGUAGAGCUAUAAGCCUUUUAAAAAAUUCAAAUGGAAAUAAAUUAGUAGAUAGAAGUUGGAAAAUAUCAUUAGAACACUGGGAAAAUUUUUAGUGACAACUAUAGUAGUAAAACUAGUGGCCACUAAAGGGGUUGAUAAUUAGUGGCCACUAUAGAGGUAUAAGUGCUACUACUAGACCACAAAAAGUUUUAGUGGACACUUUAGGGGUCAAUGGAUCAACAUAACUGGUCCAAUCUGUUUGUUUUAAACUUAUCAGAGUUACCGGAAGGACUACUUGGAGAGGACACUUAAGGGACCACUAAUUUGACUACUAUAAUGACGAAUAAAACGUCAAAAACCCUAUAGUGGCCACUAAAUUUUUUUCUCCCAGCAUGCUGGAUUUUUUUCAAACUUUCUAGUUUUUGGGAAUUUUUUGAGGUGCAAGUGCAUAUUUCUUCGUAAUAUGACCUCAAAAGUUCCUUUUUUUCCGUAUCUUUUCACAAAAAAUGCUUCCUACAUCAUUUUGCACGCGAGAUAUUUCGAUUCCAGGUCAAGUUAAAAAAAACUAGACCCAAAACAUAGGCAAAGUCGGAAGGACCCUUUACAGUCCUUUUAGCGUCCCUUAUUUUUCUUCACCCUUUUUCACUCUUUUUUAAGCCUUUUCAACCUUCAAGGAAGAAAGGCUCAAUAAUGGCCCUUUUAGCGGCCAUUUUGCACCCGUUUUCCGCACUUCCGACUUUUGCAGUGUAUUUAGCGGAACUCGUUCUUAUAAACGUAUUACUAAUUUUUGAGUGAUUUUAAAAGUUACUCGAAACUGUAGAGACGUUUUCGAAGUUUGAGAAAAAGUAUCUUUUUUUUCCAUUUUUUGGAACUUAUCGAUUUUUACCACUUUUAGAGCCUUUGGUUUAGGUGAAAUUGACAUCAUUUCAAGAGCUCCUUUUUACGAGUAGUUUUUGAUUUUCAACUUAGCAAAAUGGAGCUCAAGAAAUUUUUGAGAAUGUUAAAAGCAGUCAAUGUUAAAUUUCGCAAGUUUCAGUGAUUUUAGGUAGAUCUCACGGUUUGAAAAUGAAUCUUAAAGUCACUUUUUGGGGGCAAGAAAAAGGUAGUAGUUCAUUUGAAAAUGGUUCAGAAGCUUUUGAAAGAAUAUUUUGAAUUAUUUUACUUGGAAGUAUAGAGUCUUACAUGUAAGGUGUUUUUGAAGCAAUUCGGCUCAUUUAUUAGCUUAUCUUCUUUAAAAAGCGCAAAAAACCUGCAAAACAGCACUGAAAAAUGGCUCUUCGUCUUGAGACCCGAUAUGAAUUUCUAACCAUGCUCCUUUAAUAAUUUGUCAAUUUUAUCAACAAAAAAAAUAAGAGUUUUUCCAUGUUUUUUUGAAUGAAUUUGCGUAAGAGCUACAAAUUUUUCAUGUAUUAAACCUGAAAAUGUAUGUUCUUUUUUCAGAAAUACCCCUUCUGGCGACAAUUUCCGCAAAAGUCACGUUCCAGAAGUUUGAAUUCAACAAUAAAAUCUCGGACAAGAUUUUCCACAUCCCAGCUUCUUACAGAGAAGAUGCCACGCGCUUUCCUGAUUUGUGA